GGAGGAAGCCGGAAGUGGACCGGGCUCUGGCCGAGUCCGGGCGUUGCGGGUUCGGGCUCCGGGAUCGCUCGGCCGGGGAACCUGGCGGGCGGGCCCGGGGCGGGGAGCGGAGGUGACGGGCCUGGAGCUGCGCGGCGCGACCACCAGUCGGAGGCUUUCGGUCAGCCGAAGGCAGGCAGCCGGAGAGCAGCGAGUGAGCAGUCCCCGAGGAUCGGGCCCAGCCCGGCGGGCUCCCCGGCAUGUACGCCCCGGGAGGCGCAGGGCUGCCCGGUGGGCGCCGGCGGAGAGGCCCAGGGGGCAGCGCCCUGCCCAAGCAGCCGGAGCGUAGCCUGGCCUCGGCGCUACCGGGGGCUCUCUCCAUCACUGCCCUAUGCACGGCGCUGGCCGAACCGGCCUGGCUGCACAUCCAUGGGGGUACCUGCUCUCGCCAGGAGCUGGGAGUGGCCGACGUGCUGGGCUAUGUGGACCCAGACCUGCUUAAAGACUUCUGCAUGAAUCCCCAAACGGUGCUCCUACUCCGUGUUAUUGCUGCCUUUUGCUUCUUGGGGAUCCUGUGCAGCCUCUCGGCCUUUCUUCUUGAUGUCUUUGGGCCCAAGCACCCUGCUCUGAAGAUCACCCGCCGCUAUGCCUUUGCCCACAUCCUCACAGUCCUUCAGUGUGCCACAGUGAUUGGUUUCUGCUAUUGGGCUUCAGAGCUCAUCCUGGCUCAGCAGCAGCAGCACAAGAAGUAUCAUGGCUCCCAGGUCUACGUCACCUUUGCUGUCAGCUUCUACUUGGUGGCAGGAGCAGGAGGGGCCUCCAUCCUGGCCACUGCUGCCAACCUUCUGCGUCAUUAUCCCACUGAAGAGGAGGAGCAGGCACUGGAGCUACUAUCAGAGAUGGAAGAGAAUGAGCCCUAUCCGGCCGAGUACGAGGUCAUCAAUCAGUUCCAGCCACCUCCUGCCUACACGCCCUAACAUGGCUGGCUGGGGCUCUCUCUCCAGCACCCUGUUUCCCUGAGCCCAUAUCUUUACUUUCCCUAUAAGCAGAGGAGCUCCCUUCUUAUAGCACUUAGUUCUGGUGUUCUGAGUCUUCACCAACUCCUCUACAUGAGAGAUACUACAUCUAAGACUUUUCAUCUGUCUCUUCUCUUCAGAAUCUUGUCCUCGUUCUCUCCCCUCCCCCUCCAACCCCAGAUCUUCUCUACUUACCAGAACCACCACCACUAGGGUGAUCGUGCCAGUUUUCUCUCCUUUUGAGUCACAUUUUUAGGAUUGAGAUAUUCCUCCUGUGGCUCACAGCGCGUGCCAUUCCUGGAUAGAGUUGGCAACGUCUGUGAAAAGAGAGAACGGCUCAACAGCCCUGGGGCAAAGGUGAUACCAUUCUGUAGACUUGCUCUUUACAGAUCCCCACAGCUAUAGCUUUGGGAUCAGCUGUAUCUGUCAACCCACCCAAACCUGUUCCUUCUGAUCCACCCCAGUCUAUGAUGCACACUAUGAUGGAGAUCUUUGCACUUUAGUCUUUGGGUUUCCUUCUCCUUUUUGGCUGCAUUUGGUGGGGAAGGUGAGACACUGGUAGGAAGCGCAGGAGUGUCGCUCUCUGUACCCCUUGGUACAGAGGUGACAGGAGCUGAGCAGAUAAGAACAGAACUAGUGAAGGGACUGAUGGGAGCCUGCCUCUAAUGAGGAUGAGAGCCAACUGGACCGAGUCUCUCCUACCUUUCACCUUUUGAAAUGUGGUGGUUUUUAAGGGGGGAGUGGGGAAACUGUCUUUUUAAGUAGGGACAAGAAAGUUGUAAUUUUUCAGAUUUUUAUCCUGGUCCCUUUGGCCUCAACAGUGUUUCAGGCCUGAUCCCCUUAUAAGUCCACCUUUCUUCUUCCUAUAAUCUUUCACAUCAAAACCCAUCCUUCUCCCCUCUCUGUUAUUGUUUCACCUGCUUUGAGAAGGUCGAGUUAUUAUUAGGUGAUACAAGAUACUCUGCCUUCCUCGUGGGGUGCCAAGGACUGAGCAGCUGCCGGGACCUGGCCAUGAUGGUGCUCCUCGUGACGCAGUGAGGUAUAAGUCAACCCCGCAUCAGGAACAAUGACAGCAGGAGGCCACAAGACCCCACCACCACCACUUUACACAUAGGAACUGAACCAAUGGGAGACCAUAAAGUGAGGUUUCAGAACUACCUUGUUGGAGACCAGGUCAGUGAAGGAGCUGAGAGCUAAAAUCCUUCCGGGUCAGACAUGGUUACCAGGACUACAACUUGGGGUGGAGGCACUACAGCUUGCUGCAUGCCCACCCUUCACCCCCUUCUUGAAUGUACCGCUAGUUUUGCAUUGUACAGCUGGUUCUUUCUUGCCCUUCCCCUUACCUUUGGCCACUGCUGGUCAUACACAUGUCUUUGGCUCUGGAUGCAUUUAGUAGCCAGAAAUCCAAAGCAAGAUGUGGGGAAAACUCAAGAGUUUCUUCCUUACAGCCCGGCUUGUCAGGAAGAUCAUGGAGGCAGCUUUCAGAGUGGAUUACCAAGCUAUUCUCUUAAAUAUGUGGGCUCCUUUGAAAUCAAUGUCCAGAUAACACCCAGAAGGGAACCAUUCAGAUUGCCUGCCUGCAUUCAUUGCCAAGGCUUGGGGUAGUUCAGAGCAAAAGAUUUGGGGAGCAUUCAACUCUACUGGGUACUUGGUUGCAAAAGGAAUGUCAGCUUGUUCCAGCACCGGGCAUCCCUUCAGCCUGGAAUGACCUGAGGUCAAGCUAACGAGAACUUGUUUGGAUGAUGAAGAUCGUGCCCUCCAUCCAGGCUCUCCAGCUGCCUAGAGUUCCUUACUCUGGUGUUCAAUUGUAAUGACAGUGGUGACUCUCAUACUCCAUUAGACUUUUUCUUCUUGUGAAAGAAAAAGUUAAAUAUAAAUAGCCUGUGCAUAAAACAGAGGACCUGUAUUAAGUGUUGUAUUUCUGUCAAGUACUUUCAUUAUUGUUGGCACCUUUCUGGAGUGUGGCCAACUUCCUGUGACCAUCCAUUUUAGAGAAGGCAGCCUGGGACACCUGGCAUAGAUAGCAUCAGUAUGCCUAAGGACCCUGGGCAUAAACCUCUUGGACUCUUCCCUGUGGUCCACUUUUUAUUAAUUUUCCAUGCAUUCUCAUUCUUCUUAUUCUGGUACCCAAUACUGAUGGCUUGCCAUGUAAAUUCCCUCAGUGUUUUUUUUUCUAAAGAAAAAUAAAAAAAAAAAAUCAAAUGAACAGGAAUGUAAAAAACUCCCCCCAUAUUCUCAUGAUUUGUCUUCCAGAUUUGGUCUAUGUGUUCUCCACCCCAGAAGAAUCUAUGAUUGUUUGGAGUUGAAAGAGUCCUAUGUAAAGCUGGAUACAAAUGAGCUUUAGGCUUAUGGGACGGAAAGGCACGUUUUCCUUGAGCUUUGUUGAAGAAGUCUCACUUUCUUUUGAAACCUCAAGGUGGGACGCCAACUAGGAGAGACAGAAGGGUUGAGUGAACAUCAGAGCUGAAUGUAAUCUCAGUGUGGGCAGUCCUUGACUGGAAGCGAGUUCAGAGUUGGUUAAUCUUAUGAGAAAGUUAUAGAGUGGAAAGAAGACCGAAUUUGGCAUCAGAAUGAAUGAGUAUGUACAUAUGAAUGGAAAAAUGUUUAUUAAGCAAGCAAAGCACUGGGAAUACAAAAAAAGCAAGACAGACCUGGUUCUCAUGGUGCUCACAUUUUAGUAGUGGGAGAACACAGAGGAGGUUUCAUUCAUUCAACUCUGAAAGUCACAUGGAAUGAUCCCGUGGUUCUGAGGGUACAGCAGCAAAGUAAGUGGAAAUGUAUCUUCUUUAGCAUCAUUUCCAUUAAUAAAAUCAUAAUUGGUCUCUGAUAUUGAACCAUAUGACAA